UCGCGCCUCCUCGGGCUGCUCGGGCUGGUUUCGGUCUCAGUUGCGGCCGCCGCCUGGGACUUGACUUCAUUGCGCUGCAGCUUCGGCACCUUCUGCGAAUGUGACUUCCAGCCCGACUUCCAGGAAGGACCUGAAGAGCUGGGUCCAGGGGAACCUCACUGUCUGUGGCCGCUCCCUCUUCCUCUUUGAUGAGAUGGACAAGCUGACCCCAG